UGCGCUCUGCGUGCUCUACGUCACUUUCAUGCGCUCUGCGAACCACAACAAACCAGCACCGAUGUCUUCUGUAAACACAUUGUUAUUGUUAUUAUUAUUAAUACUCAACUGAGGACAGUUAGUUUGCGAAAAUGACAGCGGAGUCCAGACAUAUGAGGUUAUUAAUCGUAUGACUAACGUAUUUAAGAGGCGAAUCUUCAUCAUCAUCACUCAGUGCAGCAGUGAUGGAGAAUGAUGAAGAUCUGGAGACUCUGGGAGAGAAACUGUAUGAUCUGAUACAUCCGAGAUAUGCUGAGAUGACACCGAAACUUACAGGUAUGCUGCUGGAGUUGCCUGCUUCAGUUGUGUCUCAGAUGUUGUGUGAUGAAGCUCUUCUGAGUAAAGCUCUGGAAAGAGCUCUGGCCGCCCUCACAUCACCUGAUAAUAGUGAGCCUGCGUCUCACACUGAUGAUGCGGCGUCUGCGUCCUCUGACUCUCUGGGUGAACAGCUGUAUGACCUCAUCCACCUCUACAACACUGGACAAACACAGAAAAUUACAGGCAUGCUCUUGGAGCAGAAGAAGGAGGCGGUGCUUCAGCUGCUGUCGGAUCAAACACUCCUCGAGGAACAAGUUAAGAUGGCCUUGAAGACCUUGAAGGAGCAGGGUGAUGAUGUCACAGAUGUGAGUGACAGCUCUGACAGAGAGGACGUGGAGGCCGUUGGAGAGACGCUUUUCAGUUUUGUGCAUCAGCUUGACCCCACCCACUGCGCUGACAUCACAGGGAUGCUGCUGGAAAUGGAUUCUGGAACUCUGCAACAAAUUCUGUCUGACCGAAGCAUGUUGGAAGUCGCUGUUCAAAGAGCAAAAAGCGCACUGGAGGCCGCUCUGACGCACACAGCAAUGGCGGAUUAAGUCUUUGAAUCACGUGACUAACUGAGAACAUAGGUCCAAAUUGCUGUACAUUUUUAGUAUUUCAAGACAUUGUUUACAUGAACUUCAUGUUUUAGGUACUUUUAUUGAUAGGGGAGAUAUUGAAAUAUGACUGAAUAAAAAACUGAAGGAAAUUGAAUUAGGAAAAUAAAUAAAUAAAUAAUCAAACAAACAAUGAGAUUGGAUUAGAACCUGCACGAGCAUCUCCAGAGCAUGUGAACUAACCAUUGGGUCAUGGUUUUGACAUUCCGGGGCCGUCAUUUAACACAAGUAUGAUUUUGUGUCACAAUUAGCUAUGAUUUUCCAUAUUUAGUGCUGAUUUAAAAUAAUAUAUGCCUGUAAAUAAAAAGAUUUUAAUAAAAGACGUUUGUUUGAGGUC